AGCGGAGCGCCCCGUGUGCACGUGUGGAGAAGCGGCGGCACCAGCACGGUGGCGGGAGACAUCCCCGCCCCCUCCGGAGACACAGGGCCGCGCUUGACUCUCGCGGCCUCCGUCACCCGCUCAGCUCCCUGCCCCAGGCUAGGAGACUGGCUUGUAGGGUAGAGUGGCCCGAGCUGAGGGCACGAAGAGCACAGGGCGGCGGCGGCGACGGCGUUGAUAUCGGUGGUAACGACGGCCUCAGCAGACGGGGAAGAUGAAAGGUAGCCGGAUCGAGCUAGGAGAUGUGACACCACACAAUAUUAAACAGUUGAAGAGAUUAAACCAAGUCAUCUUUCCAGUCAGCUACAAUGACAAAUUCUACAAGGAUGUACUGGAGGUUGGCGAGCUGGCGAAACUUGCCUAUUUCAAUGAUAUUGCAGUAGGUGCGGUAUGCUGUAGGGUGGAUCAUUCACAGAAUCAGAAGAGACUUUACAUCAUGACACUAGGAUGUCUGGCACCUUACCGAAGGCUAGGAAUAGGAACUAAAAUGUUAAAUCAUGUCUUAAACAUCUGUGAAAAAGAUGGCACUUUUGACAACAUCUAUCUGCAUGUCCAGAUCAGCAAUGAGUCAGCAAUUGACUUCUACAGGAAGUUUGGCUUUGAGAUUAUUGAGACAAAGAAGAACUAUUAUAAGAGGAUAGAGCCUGCAGAUGCUCAUGUGUUGCAGAAAAACCUCAAAGUCCCUUCUGGCCAGAAUGCAGAUGUGCAUAAAACAGAUAACUGAACAAAUUACAGAUGAACUUUCUUGCACUUGCUUGUCGCCAAAUAAAAGAGAGGCCCACUGAUUUUUUUCCCCUUCUUUCUUUUAACGCUUCCCCCCUCUUUAUUCUUGUUUCUCUUUCUUUCUUUUUUCUAUCUUUCCUUCCUUUUCUCUAAAAGUUUUAAUACUUUCAAGGACAUUAAUCAUGUUUGGAUUGUUUGAGUUUUCUGACUUUCGUGAGGUGGUUUCAUUGAGGGAGGGAGAAGGUGUAGGUAUGUUUAGUUUCACAGUUAAAGUAUAUGGUUCCAAAAAUUGGGGUGUUAAAUAAUUUCAAAUUUUUUAGCUAAUUUUUUAAAAUGUCCUGCUUUCACAUUGAAGGGCAGAGCCUACAAAAUAUUGUAUAUUUCAAAAGACAAAAAGAAGCAGCAGCAAUAUCUUGUUCUCUAAUUCAUAGACAAGUUAGUGUGUUUGUGGUACUUUGGGUUUUUUAAAGACUAUUUGUGGGAUACUAAUCCCUAAACAUUGCCUUCACUCCACUGUUAGUCCUUCUGAGCACCAUCUCAGGAGUUGGACCAUUAUUAUCCUUGUAAGAAAUACUUAAGCUUUGGUUGUUGUUGUUUUUGUUUUUUGUUUUUUUAAUGCAGUUGUUUCCUUUCUUCUUUGCUGGUGGUUGAGGUAGAUGGGGCAGUUUGGUUAGGUAGUGUUUAUACUUUGGUCUCAGUAUUUGAGUUAAACUGCUUUUUGCUAAUGAGUGGGCUAGUUGUUAGCAGGUUUGUUUUUCCUGCUGUUGAUUGUUACCAGUGGAAUUAACUUUUAGAGUGUGAGCUGGUGAGAUUAAUUUAUUUUAAUAUCCCAGCUAGAGAUAUGCCUUUAACUGACCUAAAGAGGUUUGUUGUGAUUUACCUUUUUUUUUCUCCUGCCCUUUUUCUUCAGUGAACCCAAUAGUAGUUUUAGUCAACAUUGUUAAAAAUGGAGUUUAUGUCCUUAUUGGUCAAGACCCCUAAUUAAACCUGAAGCAGGUGUUUUCUCUUGGACAUAUUAAAAAGUACUUAAAAGGAAGUUUAGCUGUAUUUGUGGCACAAAAAAUGCAUUUAAUGUCAGCUAAUGCAGGCUGCUAAACCUGUGGCCUCUGAGUGUUUGAUUUAAUAGGGAAGAAUAUCUAGGCAGUAUUUUUGAGAACAUAGCUGCGCCUUUGCUUACCUGUUGGAGAACAUCCCAGAUUUGAUUACACUCUGUGCCUACAGUGUUGAGUUUAAGGAUUUGGGGAAGAGUGGAAUUGUUGAACGUAUUGCUUCUAUUCUUGGAAAAGUAGAAGUCUAUAAGUGUUAAUAAUGCACAUGUCACUGUGACCUCCUCUACUGACAGAACUGACUUAUGCCAGAAUAUUUUCUGGCACGUAGACAAGUGGCUUUGAUAUUGAUCAGUUUUUUUUGAAAGAUGGGAAACAUCUGAAAUUUUUGUCUUUUCCUCCCGUAGUCCCAUCUUCAAUAUUUAAAAUUUUUUAGAUUGUCAAUACUGAUGACCUUUUACAAUGUCCCAUUAGAUUUUAAAACUACACAAGGAUUGAGUUUUCUCUUGCUUGACUUUGAAAGGAAGGUUGAUUCAUAACGUUUAUCCUCUUAUGUAAAAUUCUGGUAUGAAAGUGUCAUCUCUCCAGAUAUGCUAUUUACAAAAUAUUUAUGCACAUUUUAUAAUCCUAAAUUCUUAUUUGAGAAUGUGAAAGUGUAAUAGACUUAAACAGUCUUAUUGAGUGCCAAGAAUAAUACAGAAAAAGAAGGUAGUUGAUGAAUGAACAUAUAGGGCUCCAGUCUUAAGAUAGUAAAAAUCUACAAAGACCACACUGUUUCUUGAGCAUCAGUUUUUUAAGCAGUCUGAAUCUAGGCUUAGAAGAAAGGUUUCAUGUUAAGCACCUUUAACCUUCGUGGAUAAACUUCAGCUUGCUCUUGCCAAGAGAAGAGUGCUUGAGUUACAGAAGGCAUUAGUUUGAAGAAUUCACUCUUUUUGUAAGCUUCAGGUUAUCAAAAUAGAUUUUGAUAUGUAAAUGAAUUUUCUGAGAUGACAUUGCCU